UACUUGGGACUUCACAACUCUCCACCUUGGUUGUCAGUUCUGGCCGGCAGCUCUUUUGUCUCAGCAUGAUCUUGAGCGACCAAUUGUAGCCGCUGGAUGGUAGAUUGCGCAUAUCCAUUAGCAGAGCCUGUCCAGAAUGGCGCCACCAAGGAUGAACGGAGUCGAGCCUUCACCCAGGAAGUGGACAACAGAAUACGAUACACUACGGCGACACAAGCUUUUCCGGGAGCCUCCCGACAAGAAGACAGCGUACCCAUCGCUUGCUCAAGCAAUAAAGCCACACGUGGAGUCUUUCAACACAAUCUUUGCGCCAGAUGGGCAACUACAGCAUGCUUUGAGGGAUAUCGGGACGAAGACCUUCCUUGAUGUCGAGCCCGGCGCAGGACUUGACGACAAUGCUAGGCCACGCAAUCGGUUGCAGCUCCGCGUCAAGGAAGUCUUCCUGGAGCGAAGCGUCGUGUCAGCCAACAACAAACAACUCGGCAAGAGGGACAUCCUCCCUGUCGAGUGUCGAGAAAGGCAUGUGACCUAUAGGGGCCGCUUCAGAGGCCGAUUCGAGUAUCGAGUCAACGAUGGCCAGUGGAAGGAGAGUGUUCGGGAGUUCGGUCAACUACCGAUUAUGCUCCGCUCGAAUCGGUGCCAUCUCGAAGGUUUGUCGCCUAAGCAACUUGUCGAUUGUCGCGAGGAGACAGAAGAGCUCGGCGGCUACUUCAUUGUCAACGGCAUUGAAAAGCUGAUCAGGAUGCUUAUUGUCAACCGUCGCAACUUCCCGAUGGCGAUAAUUCGGCCUUCAUUCGAGAAUCGAGGGCCGACAUACACAAAGUACGGCAUUCAGAUACGAUCGGUGCGGCCAGACCAGACAUCACAGACGAAUGUGUUACACUACCUCAGUGACGGCAACGUCACUUUCCGCUUCUCGUGGCGGAAGAACGAGUACCUUGUCCCGGUCGUCAUGAUAUUGAAGGCUCUUGUCGAAACGACCGACCGCGAAAUCUACGAAGGUGUCGUGGGCCCUGCUGAUACAAAGGGGCUGGAGGCCAAGCAGUUUGUCACCGAUCGGGUCGAACUGUUACUGCGAACAUACCAGGCGUACCAGCUCUACAACCGAGAUCAGACGAAAGCGUACCUGGGCUCGAAGUUCCGAAUUGUGCUGGGCGUGCCUGAUGACAUGAGCGACGAAAGUGCUGGAGCGGAGUUUCUGCGGAAGAUUGUGCUGCCGCAUCUUGGCUGCUUCGAUGUAACAGAAGCUAACAACGAGGACAAAGCUCGAAUGUUGUUGUUUAUGAUUCGUAAACUUUACGCUCUGGCUGAAGGCGAAUGCAUGGUCGACAACCCGGAUACUGUCUCAAGCCAAGAGAUACUACUCCCGGGCGCACUUUACGGCAUGAUUAUCAAGGAGCGGUUGGAGGAAUGGUUGACCUCAAUUGGCGCACAACUGCGCGACUGGAGUCGCAAUAACCAGUACCCAUCUUUCACCAGUCGGGAGUUUGAGCGCGACUUCAUGUCAAAAGUGCUUCGCAAGACCAAUGAGAACCUAGGUCAGGCGCUCGACUACUUUCUGUCAACGGGCAAUCUAGUGAGUCCGACGGGCCUCGACCUGCAACAAGUCUCGGGCUACACGGUGGUCGCGGAAAAGAUUAACUUCUAUCGCUUCAUCAGUCACUUUCGCAUGGUUCACAGAGGCAGCUUCUUCGCAGAGCUGAAGACGACGACGGUCAGGAAGCUGCUGCCGGAAAGCUGGGGCUUCCUGUGUCCCGUCCAUACGCCUGAUGGUGCGCCUUGCGGUCUGCUUAAUCACCUUUCGCAUAAGUGCAAGGUUGCUACUGAGAGCGCAGACGUCUCCAACAUACCUCAUCUGAUCGCACAGCUGGGCGUCGUAAGCUCGUCCGCAGCCUCUCUGAGCGACAGCGUCGUAGUGCAGCUUGACGGCAGGAUAUUGGGCUUCUGUACACCAAAACAAGCGAAGGUAAUCGGUGACACACUGCGAUACUGGAAGGUCGAAGGCUCGCACGGCGUUCCUCUGGAUCUCGAAGUGGGUUUCAUACCAUCGUCGAACGGCGGACAGUAUCCGGGCGUGUACAUGUUUUCAUCUCCUGCACGCAUGCUGCGACCCGUCAAGUACCUGCCACUCGACAAGACAGACUAUGUCGGCGCAUUUGAGCAACCCUUCAUGUCCAUCGCAUGCACCGAGCCAGAGAUUGUUUCCGGAGACUCGACGCACGUGGAGUACGACCCAACGAAUAUACUAUCAAUUGUCGCAAAUCAGACGCCGUUCCCAGACUUCAAUCAGUCGCCGCGUAACAUGUAUCAGUGCUUGUCUGCUGAUCAUGAAGUGCUCACCAAUGCUGGGUGGAAAGCCCUUCCGGCGAUCCAGGCCGCAGAUCAGGUAAUGACGAUGGAUCUUCGAACGGGCAUUCAGCAAUGGAACGCCGUCCAGGCCACGACACGUUUCGCUUAUGGUGGACCUCUCUACAGACUGAUGAGUGGCGGUAUGGACGCUGUCUGUAACGAGAGUCAUCGCUGGUAUCUUAACACCAAAGAUCGACCCACUACCUAUAAGUCCUAUACCACACAGCAGAUGUUGGACAGCAAGCUAAUUGCACUCACCACUGCUACUGGGAAGGAAAAAGGUCAGUGGAGUCGCAAGGCCGGCACAACCACUCAUCUCAACCAUAAGAUUCCUACUGUCGGACAGAAUGGCAAUGCCAUGUACUUGUGGCCGGAUUGCCCCUGGCUUCCCCGGAGCUUUGCCAGGGACGAAGCGUGCAAUCUGGACUGGUGUCGAUUCGUCGGGCUGGUUAUGGGUGACGGUGGGAUCAACCAUAUUACCAAUACUCAGGGUCAAGAGAGCUACUAUGUCGAGAUACGUGAUUGUGCUGGGAAGCCCGACGCAACGGCAUACAUUGAGGAUCUUCUGAAGCGCCUAGCUGCGAAGAUCCCUGGUUUUGUGAUCGAACCGCCAUGCGUGUUUGGCGUCCAGGAAGAGCACACCUGGACCAUUCAACACCGCGGUCUGUACCAAUUCUUUCUGCCCAUGAUGCGCGGACCACAGUCCUAUGAUCCUCUGGACGAUUCAAUGUGCCGUACAUAUCAAGCGUCUCAUUACCAAGCCUUGUCAAGGUCGGACAACGAGCCUAUCUUACCAGCACCUGCCGGGUGGAAGACCGGCGACUGGUGGUAUCGUCGACGCUGGAUGUAUUAUUCUUGGCUAUACUUACUGGCCCGGGACCAAGCUCGAGCGAUCAUCAAAGGUAUAGCUAUUGCCGAUGGCGAUUGGAGCAUAACAUACAAGGCGCGAUCGAAAGGUGGCAGGAUUCUCUGUAGUGGCGGCGGUGCAAAGAGGAUCAAGCUAUCAAUGGACAGCGUUCAAUCAGAGCAGCUGGCUGUCCCUCUCAUGAACAGAGGAGUCGUCCGAGUGUUCAGCAGCUCGAUCCCGUUGAUGCACGACAUGUCUGUGCUGGGCUUGUUGGCUGACACGAGGGUCAACAUUGGUGUCGACCACGAAAAGAGCCAGCGGAUGCCGAGCAUGGGCAGCAAUGCCAACACCACAACGUGGCGCGUCUCCUUUACAUUCGCCAAUAGCGAACUCACUGUGAGCGCUCCCCAGCCGCAGCCAUAUUACAACCCUCGCCACGAUGGCUUCGUCUACUGCUUGACAGUACCCAACGGCAAUUUCCUCGCUCGCCGAACCGUCCAAUACAGCGACAACCACAAGACUUUGGAGGUUAUAGAUGCAGCGCAGAAGCCGUUCUUCACUGGGAACUGUCAGAUGGGUAAGCAGACUAUGGGUACGCCGGGAACAGCACUCAAGUACCGCACCGACAACAAGACAUACCGGCUCCAGACCGGUCAGACCCCUGUAGUACGCCCUCCGCUGUAUAACGAAUAUGGUCUUGAUAAUUUCCCGAACGGAACCAAUGCGGUAGUGGCUGUCAUUGCUUAUACCGGUUACGACAUGGACGAUGCUAUGAUACUGAACAAGUCCGCGCAUGAGCGCGGCUUUGGGCAUGGCACCGUCUACAAGACUAAGAAGAUCGAUCUGAGCGAGGAUAGCAAGCAAACCCGCGGCCGAGGUAGCAAGGUGGUUUCGAUGUUCGGCUUUGCACCUGGUGGGUUGAUGAAGGCGCAGUGGAAGAACACUCUUGAUGACGACGGGUUUGCUGCGGUUGGCAUGAAGGUGAAAGAAGGCGAUAUCAUCGCAGCGUCGCAUAGCGUGACCUGGGAUCCAAGUGCCAACGAAUACGUCAAUCGGGACGGCAUCACGCAUCUGCACCGCUACAAAGAGCCCGAGGAAGCGUUUGUGGAAGAGAUCAAGAUCAUCGGCAGUGAGCUAAGUGACAAUACACCUAGUCAAGCUGUCAGUAUCCGCUUCCGCAUACCGCGGUCACCAGUCAUAGGCGACAAGUUCUCUUCGCGGCACGGUCAGAAGGGCGUUUGCUCUCAAAAGUGGCCUUCUAUCAACAUGCCGUUUACGGAGAGUGGGAUUCAGCCCGAUAUCAUAAUCAACCCUCACGCCUUCCCAUCUCGUAUGACAAUCGGCAUGUUCGUGGAAUCUCUAGCCGGCAAGUCUGGGGCGCUUCAUGGCCUGGCGCAAGAUUCGACGCCGUUCAAGUUCAAAGACAAGGAGGGCGAGACCGCGGUAGAGUACUUUGGCCAUCAACUCAAGCGUGCAGGUUACAACUACCAUGGCAACGAGCCCAUGUACUCCGGUAUUACUGGCGAAGAGCUAGCGGCAGAUAUCUAUGUCGGCGUCGUCUACUAUCAGCGUCUUCGGCACAUGGUGAACGACAAGUUUCAAGUACGGACAACGGGACCCGUUACGCCACUUACUGGCCAGCCAAUCAAAGGCAGAGCGAAAGGCGGCGGUAUUCGCGUUGGUGAAAUGGAGCGUGACGCUCUGCUGGCCCACGGUACCGCUUUCUUGUUGCAAGACCGGUUGAUGAACUGCAGCGACUACACCAAGGCGUGGAUCUGUAAGGCUUGCGGUAGUUUUUUGUCAACGCAGCCCAGUGCUGGGCAGUACAGUCGAAGACGCAUGGGCGAGGGCGGUCGAUUCAGGUGUAAGAGAUGCAGUCGGAGAGCAACGAAUGUGGACCCACGAAGCCAAUGUUGGGAAGAUCGCAAGGGUCAGAAGUGGUUCGGCGGCGACGAUGUGACGCAGGUCGCUGUGCCAGGCGUGCUGCGGUAUCUGGAUGUCGAAUUGGCAGCUAUGGGGAUACGUUUAAAGUUCACCGUGGGGCCUUGAGGCUUCCUUGCCACGCACCGAAGCACAUGCAACUUGGGGCGCGGCUGAAUAUAGAAUAUGGUACUACUCAAGAAAUGAGAGGCGAUGUUCAACGUUAUUGACCCGAGCAGUUGGCUGUGCAAGCGUUUCAAGGCGCGUCGUGCGCUUGUGCAUGGGGUGUAGGUGAACACAAUGCAGGACAACAUCGAACGCCGUACGCUCCUUGGACCGAUAACAUGGAAUGCAUCUCCCGCAA